AUGGUCGACGACGACGCCGCGCGCGCCGAGGCGUGGGCCGACUUUGCGGCGGACCACUACGAGAUGAUUGAGCAGCUCCCGCUCGAGCUGCAUCGUAAUUCUAGGCUAUUGCGCGAGCUGGACCAGGAGAGCUUGGCGCAGCAGGAGAGACUGCAGGCCAAGAUCCGCGGAUAUGUCGCGUACCGGCUUGCUGUUGCGCGCGCGCCUGGGCGUCCGCCCAAGUCGCCGACGAGGCCCGAGGCCGAAGGUGAAGCUGAAGCCGACCUGGAGAAGGACGCCGAGGGAGAGGCUGAUGCGGAAGGCGAGGCCGAUGCACAGGGAGAGCCUGAUGCCGAGGGGGAGCCUGAUGCUGAUGGCGAACCUGACGCUGAGGGCGAGCCAGAGGAUGCCGCCGAGACGACCGCAAACGGGGCAGCGCCCGAGGCACCUGAAGCCGAAGCCGCGACCAAGGCGAAGGAAGGCGACGAGACGGAGACACAGGCAGCACCGACACGGCCUGACGAGCCCCCGGCAGCAACAGAACCACAGCCCACAUCACAGCCAGAAACAACACUAGCACCAGCACCAUUAACAGGGCUCGCGCCCUCCGCGCUCCCCGCCAGCCCAACCCCCGCCGCUACCCCCGCGCCGCCAGACGAGGGCCCGCACGUCGACAGCGAUGCAGCCGAAGUCCACGCUGUUGAGGACGCGGCCGAGCUCGCGCUGGUGGAGCGCGAGGCCACCGAGAGCGGGGACACCAAGCCGCCCCCACGCGUGCCGCUCUUGGACAUCGCGCAGCUCGUCGGCGACCUCGUGCGGAACAGAGAGGAGAAGGUCGCGAUCGCGAUCGGCGCGUACAAUGCUAUUGACCGGCAUAUCCGCGCUCUCGACUCGGCGCUGUCGGCGCACGAGUCGAGCCUGCUCGGCAUCGGCGUCACGCCCGAGGUCGAGGCGGAGGCGUCGGUGCCCCCGGAAGCCGUCGUGGAAAAGUCAAAGAGAGGCAAGAAGAAGCGCAAGAGCGGGAGCGUGGUGCCUGCCGCUGCCGCUAUCGUCAUCGAGACGGACGUGCCCCCGGGGAUAGACGCGGAUCCCAACGAGCCGAGAUACUGCUACUGCAACCAGGUGUCGUAUGGAGAGAUGGUGGGGUGUGAUAACGAAGACUGCCCGUACGAGUGGUUCCACCUGGGCUGCUUAGGCCUCAAGGCCGCGCCGCAGGGCGCGUGGCUGUGCGAGAACUGCCGGCCGGGCGGCGGGGCCGGGGCGCCGAGCACGGAGCAUGCGCCGCGGGAGCGGCCGCCAAAGAAGCGCAAGCGGUAG